AGUUGCGCGGCCGCGAGCCAAUGGCGGGGCGUGCUCGCUCUCGCAGUUCCGGCCUCUCUCGACGCCGUUUCCGAUUUGCUCCUAAACGUUGUGCGUCCGUCGACGUCGUAAUCUGGACGUGCUAUCGGUGCAUCGGCCGCGGAAUCAUCGCUGAAGCCAUGAUUGCCCCCGGCGUCUCGUCGUCCGUCGUGUUGCUCCGUUGCCUGUCGCACCGGGAGCCUCGCUGCUGACAGCACACCGGGCCGCGACAUGAUCGCUGCCUUGCUGGUGUUCGUGUCCGUCUACCUGGCCGUCAGGGCCCUGAUGGUGAAGCUUCUCCAGAACCUGCAGGAUGUGUACUCCAAGUGGGAGGCCAAGUCGAAGCCCAGGAUCUCGAGAAGUGCCGACGAGAGCACGACUCGGCAGUGGACUGGCACGCUUGACACGCAGGACGGCUCUAAGCCCAGGCCCCAAAAAGGUGGCAAGCUGCUCCCACGCAGGAAUCUGGCCUUCAAUCCGGGCAGGCACGGCACCGACAAGGUCAGGGUGCCCACGCUCGGCCACGUGCAGCGAAGCAAGGUGUCCUUUGUCGACGAGGUGCUGCCGCAGUUCAAGCAGUACCCGCCUCCGGAGGAAGUGCGGCAGCUGGAGACUCUGCGCCACUUUGCUCUUCAGUGCUGCUCCAAGUGCCUACCCAUGAGCAAGUCUAGCUUCACUGUUGAUGGAUCCAUCGUUCUGCAUGGGCUCGACAAUGCACUAACACUACCUUCCGAUGGCAGGAGUUGGUUGACGCCGCUCAAGUUCGUUAAGAACUCUAUUUACCUCACCUGCAAGAGUAUACCUCACGAGUAUAAACCCAUCUCCAAGAAAAUGCUCCGUUCGGAAAGCAUUCAGCGUGCCAUUGACAAGGCCGUGCAAGACGACCCUGGAACCGACAAGAAGGAGCACCAGCGGCGGGCCAUCAGCAUCUUUGAGCGCAUGCGUGCAACCAUUUCAACCGCUCUGUUGAGGCUUGCUGUUUGGCUCAUGCACCGACUCAUGUCUCGCAUGUUGACUGGUGUCUACGUGCCUAAGGGCCAAAUCGAUCUCCUGAAACGAGCAAGUGAGCACAACAUUCCCAUGGUGUACCUGCCCCUUCAUCGAAGUCACUUGGACUACAUUCUGGUGACCUUCUUGCUUUACCUGAAUGAACUGAAGGUGCCUCUGGUGGCGGCUGGGGACAAUCUGCUCAUUCCACUGUUUGGAACCCUGCUUCGGGGUCUUGGAGGGUUCUUCAUCAAGCGCAGACUUGAUUUCAAGGAUGGCCGUAAGGAUCAUCUCUACAGGGCAGUUCUCAAGGAGUACAUGAUGGAAAUCUUGAAGUCCAACCACAGCUUGGAGUUCUUUCUGGAAGGUGGCAGGUCACGAACUGGCAAGACUCGUUUGCCGAAGGCAGGUCUCCUCUCCGUCAUUGUGAGCUGUCUUAACGAAGAGCUGAUGCAAGAUGUGUACAUAGUUCCCAUUUCCAUCAGCUAUGAAAAGAUCUUGGAUGGCAACUUUGUUAGUGAGCAGCUUGGUGAGCCAAAGGUGAUGGAAACAUUCACAGCAGCUUUGAGGUCAAUCUGGCACAUACUGCAUUCAAACUAUGGCUGUGUUCGUGUGGACUUUUGCCAGCCCUUUUCUCUAAGGGAGUUCUUGGACUCGGCCAAAAGUCAGCGCCUGGAUCCACUGGCGUAUGACUGUCCAUUGUCAUUGCUGGAAAGCCUCGCACCCCCCACCGGUCCGCAAGAAUUCAGGGGCUCAGCAAGCACAAACUCCUUGUGCAGUGCGGACAGUGCUACUGAUGAUUGCCGUCAUGCUAUCAAGAGCCUGGCGAACCAUGUUGUGCAACAAUCUUCAAUGUCCUUGGCCUUAAUGAGCACCAACUUGGUGGCCUUUCUGCUGCUAACCAAGCAUAGAAAGGGCGCCACCCUGCAGCAGCUGGCACACAGCCUGACAUGGCUGCGCACGGCGGUGGGGCACCGUGACCACCAGGUGAUGUGCCCGGGCGAGAGCGUGGAGUCUGUCCGGCACGCCUGUGCCCUGCUCGGCAAGGACCUGGUUCUCUCGGAAACCAUCCAGAUGGAGUGGUCCUCGGGCGACACUGAGAACAACAACCUCAAGAUCGUCUUCUACCGGCCGAUGCUGCGGCUCCCAGGAGUGCUCGAGCUGCAGUACUACGCCAACGCGGUGCUCGACGUUUUCGUACACGAGAGCAUUGUUGCCACUGCCUUGUUCUCUCUUGUGGGAGAUGAGCUGCCCCUGACGCUUGGCACCAGUGACGUCGUGACGGUAUCACGGAAAGAGUUGGUAGACAAGUGCCAGGAUCUUGUCAACAUCCUUCAGCAUGAGUUCGUACUUGUCCUGCCUUGCAAUAAUGCUGUUUGGGUGGUUGGCGACGCCAUUGGCAGCCUCAUCACGGCAAACAUCUUGGCUGUCUGUCAGAAAUCUGGCCAAGCUGUGUCCAGCCAUCAUCGCAAAUGGGCCAACUGCAUAGAAUGGGACCAAGAGAACGACGAGUACUCCAGCGAGCUGCUCAGAAACGAUGACGAGCGCUUGAAGGUCAUCCUGGAUGAGAAGAACAUCUGCAUGCUGGAAUUCCUCCAGUGCAUCCUUGCGAGCUACGUGGAGUCGUACUGGGUUGUGGCAUGCUCUUUGUCCAAGCUCGUCAACACCCAGAUGGAAGAAAAGAUAUUCUUCCGGCAAAUUCAGAAGAUGGCUCAAGAUAAGCUGCACCAGGGUCUGCUUUACUAUGAGGAGAGCUUUGCUGCAGACACCCUGCGUAAUGCUGUGAAGCUCUACGAGCAGUGGGGCAUUGUGGAGCACCACAGGCAAGAUGGCAUGCGCAUCCUCUACCUGAGUGAACGGUGGAACUCUGACGAGGCUGUCGACUCUGUGAUCGGUCUGGUGGGGGCAUACAGGCGGUGAUGUGCGUGAUAGGGCCAUGCUGUGAUUGGGUUAGGGGUUUGUACUGUGCACUUUCUCUCCGGGAUGUACUGAAGAACUGAGUGCCAAGUUACAUUCUUGACGAGUACUGCAGGCAUUCUUGUUUGUGGUUUUUGCAGUGGGUGGACAUUUUGAAAUGCCAUUUUUUGUGCUCUGGUCAUUUGGUGUAUUUCCUACUCCGAGUUUGUGCGCUUUUUAAGGAGUUGUAAACUCCUUCGGUAUUAUUUUUUAUCAGGUUGAAAACUGGGAUUCUGUGUGUACAUGCGUGUGUGUAAUGAAAUUUGUUGUGCACUCUUGCUGCAUCCACCUGAAGACUAUGGAUGGUGCUGCUGAGCUAUGGUUUGAGGCUGUGUUCAAGAUACUUCUUAGUACUUAAAAUUACUUUAUAGCAAGAGCACUUUAUUAGGUGACAGUGUAUAAUCCUUGCUUCUUAUUGCCUUAAUCAUUUGAAUGACUUCAAUGGUUUAUGAAAAUGGGACUAAAGUGGCAUCCCUUUAAGUGAGUAUUUUGUUUGAAUUGUUAAAACACUAUUUUUGUUUUCUGGGGCAUUUGAAAAGGUGUGGUUGCAGUGCCUUGGGCAAGAUGCUAUGUUUCAUUUCCACAUUCUAGCUUUAACAUUGUCUAAUCACAAAAAUGAGGCAUUGCUUGUGGCCCUUGUACAUAUUGUUUUCUCACUUGUUAAUACCAUUCCUCCAUUGCGAUAGCAUACUUGGCUCAUGAGGCGACUGUUCAAAUGCGGGUAUAAUCAUGGUGAACACGGGAACUAGUGGUACAGCCUUCAAAUGCAGUGCCUUCAGUUGGUGCAUUUUGUUCUUACUGUUUGUCUGCCUUAUGGAGUAAAUAAAUGUUGUAAGUUCAUGUUAA